AUGCUUAAGGAUCUUGCCUUCAUAUUUGCUUUUUUUGUGGCCCAGGUUUAUUCCUUGUCACCUGCCUUUAUCGCGUGCCAGCUACAAAAGGCUGACACAGUAUCACCUCUGGCGGGCUGUCCUGAAGGCACCAUAUUUGUUUCCCCAAAUGACCCCAGAGCCCAAUAUACCACUGUCCAGCAAGCUGUGGAGUCUUUACCCGAGACCGGGGGUGCAACUAUCCUGAUUGGUGAAGGACAGUACUUCGAAGCCGUUAAUGUAACUCGCACAGGUCCUCUCACCCUUCUCGGUCAAUUAGACGCCAGUACUGCCUUCGAUCCAGCUGGAAACGCGUCUAGUCGUAACUUAGUGCAGAUCUGGAACAACAAAUAUGUACUCACUGGAAUGGAUGAUGCGCAAUCUGCCGUUCUGACUGUUGCACCAUCAUUCAAUGCAUCGCUAAUCGGCGCAGGAACCAAUGGUGCCCCUCUUCAGCCACUCUUUGGAAACACGGAUUUUAAAGCGUACAAUAUCGACUUUGAAAAUCAGGCGGCAAACUACUCGAUUUCGCAGGCGCUGGUGACAGAUAUAUCGUACGCAAAUGCCUCGUUUUAUGGCUGCGCUUUUGCUAGCUACCAGGACACGUGGUAUACUGGCCGGAAUGCAAGUACAUAUGUAGUUGACAGCAUUAUUUAUGGUCAAACAGACUAUCUAUUUGGUUUUGGCACAGCAUGGUUUCAGUCAAUAACACUUGCUAACCGGGCAUGUGGUGGAGGAAUUGUUGCAUGGAAAGGAUCUAAUUACACCGCCGCUCCAGGGAAUCGCUAUGGAGCAUAUAUAUCGGAUUCGAAGAUUAUUCGCUCGCCUGAUGCUAAUGCUACCGCUGUCACUGAGAAUUCGUGUUGGUUAGGGCGUCCUUGGAACGACCUCGCGACUACAGUCUACCUGCGGACAUACAUGGACGACAGUGUACAACCUGCUGGGUUUGAGCCAUUCGAUAGCGCUCGACCUGUCAUCGCAAACACGACAUAUUAUGCGGAAUAUGACUCUUAUGGACCUGGUGCUAACAUGUCAGCCAGAGUGUCUAUCGAGCACGUCUUGGACACUUCGGAAGCACGCAAUUUUACGAUAGAUGGGGUGUUUUUAGAGAGGCCUCAGUGGAUUGAUUAUGAUUACGUGUACUGAGUG